GGGGGCGGUAGAGCAUAAAGCCGCCGCCGGUGUUCUCGGCGCCAGCAGCGAGUGUUUCCUGUCGUACAUGAGCGGUGCGAGUUGAGGAGACACAUCAUGGAUAUCCGACCAAACCACACAAUCUACAUCAACAACAUCAAUGACAAAGUCAAGAAGGAAGAGCUGAAGCGUUCGCUCUACGCGCUCUUCUCUCAGUUCGGUCAGAUCGUCGACAUCGUGGCCAUGAAGACCAUGAAGAUGAGGGGACAGGCCUUCGUCGUCUUCAAAGAGCUCGCUGCCGCCACCAACGCGCUGAGGCAACUGCAGGGCUUCCCCUUCUACAACAAGCCCAUGAGGAUACAGUAUGCAAAGACGGACUCCGAGGUCAUCGCCAAGGUGAAGGGCACGUACGGCGACAAGGAGAAGAAGAAAGACAAGAAGAAGAAGGCUCAGGAGCUGCCGUCGAGCCUGACGAAGAAACCAGCAGUGGGAUCAGCAGCACCUGUUCACUCCCCUGCAGUACAGGUGCCCGACAACCCGCCCAACUACAUCCUGUUCCUGAACAACCUGCCUGAAGAGACCAAUGAGAUGAUGCUGUCCAUGCUGUUCAACCAGUUUCCUGGGUUCAAAGAGGUCCGGCUCGUCCCGGGGAAACACGACAUCGCCUUCGUGGAAUUUGAGAGCGACACGCAGGCGGGCGUGGCCAAAGACGCGCUGCAGGGCUUCAGGAUCACGGCGACCUGCGCCAUGAAGAUCACGUACGCCAAGAAGUAGUCUGAUCCAGACACACAGAGACUGAGUGACUGACAGGGACCAGCCCUGGUCCAGAUCCUUUCUGAUUUUUGUAAAUCCUACAGAGCUUUCUGAAGUUUUCCUUUUUCUUUUUGUUGAACUCGUCGGUGAACUCUGUGACGCUCUCGAGGUCGAGGAGGAAAACCUCUGACCUGCCUUUUGUUUUGUAAAAUAAAAGACUUUUCCAUAA